GAGUGUGUGGAGGAGCUGGCUCAGUACCUGAAACCCCUGAGCAACAGCAGAGGUCAGUCAGACACCACCUCAUCCUGCUGACAGUAACAACCAUGGCUCAUGAAUUGUGAGACAAGCCUAUAUUCAUUUCUCAACGUAUCAUAUUCAAUAGCAACAGUUUCAACCACUCUCCCUUUUUAGCAACUCACAAUCAUCAUUCUAGUCUAGUGCACUCAUUCUCUUCACUCUCGCUUAUCUUGCUUUAACAGGCAUCAUCUUGAAUGGUGCUUCUUCUCUCUCCUCCUCCUCACACCUGCACCUGCACUCUUUCCAUUUCCUCUCCACCUUAUCCAUUUGCUUUGAUACAUGUGUGUUUUGCUGUUCCACAGUCCCCCCCUUAUUGUUCACACUGGUUGUAAGUUGCUAUGGAUAGUGUCAACCCUAGCCUUUCUCGCUCGCUCUCUCACUUUUCCUCCUCUCCUCUCCUCCAGGUGUGGGGUUGAGCACCAGCAGUGCCCAGAGUUCUCUGAGUCGGCCCAUGCAGAGGAAGCUGGUGACCCUGGUGCACUGUCAGCUGGUGGAGGAGGAGGGCCGGGUGAGGGCUACGCGGGCGGCCAGGUCUUUGGGGGAGCGCACCGUCACUGAGCUCAUUCUGCAGCACCAGAACCCGCAGCAGCUCUCCUCAAACCUGUGGGCUGCAGUCAGGGCAAGGGGCUGCCAGUUUCUCGGCCCAGGUACCACACAUACAACAGCAAAGUGCACGUCCAUGAGGAUCUGUCUUUCUCAGCCAUCUAUUUUCUGUGUUUAUGGGGUGCAAAAUCCAUUUGUCACUUAAAUCUCGCUGGAUUGAUUCCUUUCAUUUUACUCCUGUGACUCUUUCGUACUCUUGCUUGUGCCUGUCGUUUUCCCCCCGUUAACGUUACGACCGCAGAAAUGUUUGUAUUGACCUGUCAAACACACCCCGGUAAUGGCUAAAAUGGGUUCAAAGGAAUACAUUGUCUUUCCGUUGCAUCUUUAACAAUGCUAAAGCUUCGUUAGGGAUUUAACGCAUCGUCUUGACACUUGCAUCACAAGAAAUAGGAUCACUUUAUUUUGAUGGGUGUUUACUAAUUAGAUGCGCUGAAAUGAAAGCAACUUCCGAAAAUGAACACUGGGAUUAUAGUGAUUAUUAUGUCUGAUCUCAACUAUAAUGUAAAGUAUUUAUAGAGGUGUAAUCUAGAGCCAAGCAUGUAGAUUUCUUUAUCCGAAAGUAUCCUGCUAUUGACUCACUUGUUGAAUUAUGCAACAGAACGUGACAGCGACAGUAAUUAAUGAGGCAGUCUAGACAGCGCAGUUGACUGCAGGUAGGCUUAGACAGAGCAAGUGUUUUGGUGGUUGGAGCCCUGUCCCACCCCGUUAUGUUAAUUGUUUUAUUUAUGCAAGUUAGGCACAUAUCAUUUUCUUUAUUUUAACACAAAAAUAUAUAUAAUAAGUCUGGGCCCAAAUGACAACAUGUCAAUGUUUCAAUUGCAUCCGUCCUGAACGACUGAGAAAAUGAAUGCCAUCUGAGGAAAAAUGGCAAGCAUGUGUUGUGCUGUCUGUUGUAGCGAUGCAGGAGGAGGCUCUGAAGCUGGUGCUCUUGGCUCUGGAGGACGGCUCCGCUCUGUCCAGGAAGGUCCUGGUGCUGUUUGUGGUCCAGAGGUUAGAGCCACGCUUCCCCCAGGCCUCCAAGACUAGCAUAGGCCACGUGGUGCAGCUCCUUUACAGGGCUUCCUGCUUCAAGGUAGGUCUGACACUACCUACACCCAUACAAACAUACACAUGGCCGUGACCCGACUCUCCGACGGUGUCUAGAGGAGAGUUGGGAUUUUCAAUUCACACAUGCGUAUUAAUAAUAUAAUAUAAUAAUAUGCCAUUUAGCAGACGCUUUUAUCCUAAGCGACUUACAGUCAUGUGUGCAUACAUUUUUAUGUAUGGGUGGUCCCGGGGAUCGAACCCGCUACCCUGGCGUUACAAGCGCCGUGCUCUACCAGCUGAGCUACAGAGGACUACAUUGAGCUACAGAGGACCACGAUGGACAAAUAUAAGCACCCACCAAAUUGUUAAUUAUUAUUACACGUUUCUAAGACCAGCAUAGGUUAUGCGAUGCAGCUCCUUUACAGAGCCUGCUGCUUUAGGGCACGCAACUGAAAGUGUUUUAAAACAUUUUGCAACAGAAAUGAAAAUGGGAGGUAGUCCCUCCUCCCAGUCCCUUUCAGUGCAUUUUCUUCAUAUCAGUCUAAUGAACACAACCCAGAUGUAUCUGCCCUGAUGUUGUCCUGUCUGUCACCCCGUGUCUUCAGGUGACCAAGCGUGACGAGGACUCGUCCCUGAUGCAGUUGAAGGAGGACUUCUGGACGUACGAGGCGCUGAGGCGCGAACACGACUCCCAGAUCGUCCAGAUCGCAAUGGAGGGGGGCCUCCGCAUCGCCCCUGACCAGUGGUCUUCCCUGCUCUACGGGGACCAGUCGCACAAGUCCCACAUGCAGUCCAUCAUUGACAAGGUGUGUAGGAGGUGUGUGUGUGAUGGACGACAUAUUUAUUUUGAUAUAACAUGACUUAGCCCUGGAGUGGUGUUGCUGUGUAUUGAACCGGAAUUGUGUGUGUGUCAGUUGCAGACGCCAGCGUCGUUUGCUCAGAGCGUUCAGGAGUUGACCAUCGCCCUGCAGAGGACGGGCGACCCGGCCAACCUGAACCGCCUGCGACCACACCUGGAGCUGCUAGCCAACAUCGACCCCAGCCCAGGUUGCUCCAUUUACAUCACACUACUACCCUUUUCACACUAUCGUGCCGACCCGGACAAAACUGUGCUGGCUCUGAUAUUUUCUUUUCACAUUGUCAGCUCAGUACAGCUUUGUUUGGCUUGGUUCAGCUCAGCAGUGUGAGAAGCCCUCAAUACUCUCACUUUAGAAGUGUAGAGUAAGUUGUAUACCUUUUUUAGAUCAGUAAAAGGAAUGCGUUUUUAAAUGUAAGCAACACUGUGCCGUACAUUCACAUGCCUGUUAGACCCUGUCCCCAGUGCUCUUCCAGGUAUAACACAUCUGACUGAAAAAUACCCCGUCUUGUCCUCCAUCUUAGACUCCCCUCCCCCCACGUGGGAGCUGCUGGACACGGGCUUGGUGGCAGUGAAGACCGUGGUACACGGCCUGGUGGACUUCAUCCAGAACCACAGCAAGAAGGGGAGCGAUCCGCAACAGGUCUGAAUCUAGAAACUCAUACCUCAAAAUAAGAUCUAAAUCAAUAGAACAGGUCUGAAAUGAUGGGUAAUGAUAGGGUCGUGUUCAUUAGGGCACAAAACGUCAUUUUGCAACAGAAAACGAAAAUGUGCAUUUCUUAUAAAACUAACUGGAGGCAGUCCCUCCCUGUUUCAGUCAAUUUUCUUCUGUUUGCUGCCUGAUGAACACGACCCAUGUUUGAAUCUGGAAUGAAACUAGUAAUAGCCGUCUGGUUGUCUGCGGGUUUGUGACCAUAACAGUAACGAUAACAUAUAUUUUGGCUUGUGAAUUUUUACGUGGCCUGUGGUGUCCCCUCCCCAGCCGCCCCAGCACAGUAAAUACAAGACAUACAUGUGUCGGGACAUGAAGCAGAAGGGGGGCUGUCCUCGAGGAGCCAGCUGCACCUUCGCUCACUCUCAGGACGAGCUAGAGAAGUGAGUACAACUCUCCACCCUGAGACACUCCCAAUUUUACUUAACGGUCAAUUAUGUAUUGAUGUUUGGCGGAAAGUUCAAUUCAGCACUGCUAGUGUGACAGCAAUCAUUAGGGCAGACACUGGUGUUAAAACCUCUUUCACUAACCACGUCUUUUUCCUCCUUUCUGAAGGUACCGUAAGAUGAACAAGCGGCUGGCUGCCCGCCGGCCCCUCAGCCUAUCCCUGACGCAGCUGAACGAGGUCGGCCUAUUGCCUGAGGAGGUGGGGAUGCUGGAGGGGCUGGCCCACAAGGGCCUGACGAAUGGCAUGGUGACGUCGGUCACAGGCUCCGCCCUGCCCCAGCUCAUCUCCCGCGGCGCCGACCCCUCCUAUGAGCCCAUGAUGCGGAAGCCCCAGUCCCAGGGAAGCCUCAGUGCCCCCAGCUCUCCUCCAGACUUGUGAGUAGAUGGACACACAGCAUCUGUCAUACACACACACGCACACACACACUGAAAUCCUCUAUGGCUUUCUCAGACUGGACCCUGUGCCCAAUCGGGCCAUGGCCCACCCCAGGAUGGCAGCGGACCACUUGGCCAUGCACAAGCAGAUGCCCAGGAGGCCCCCCAUGUACCCCCCUCAGCAGGGAGAACUCUUCUACCCCCCUGAGCCCAGGACACCUCCAUCAGCCCUGCAGUAUGAGUCCUCCCAGUACCCCCCAGGUAAGGCAGCACAAACUAUACUUUGUUCUGUGAUUUCCUUUUUUUUGUAUACAUCUAUGUAUCUCGAGCUUAUGACUCAACAGCUGAUUUUAAAAACUGUUUCUCUCUGGGAGCAAUUGGACUUGUAAAUCUCCAAGUCGUGUGGUUUCAUUGUGCUUAUCUAACACCAAUCAUGUUGUCACUAUUCUGUGUCCUGUCAGGUAACCCCCCCUACCCCUACCAGCCCUCCCAGUACCCUCCCCAGCCUCGCUACAUCCGGAACCCCCCUCCCCCCAAUGACCCGGCCUUGCCCCCGUACCCCGAGCCCCCCUACCCCGGCACCUACCCCCAGGAGCGCCAGUGUCCUCCUCCCCCCCAGCCCUCGGGUCCCCACUUCUCCAACGCCAACCCCCAUGGGUAUCCGCCUCCCCCGCAUUACGACGGCCGUCGACACCCCGCCUACCCCCCGCCACCACCACAGUCCUAUCCCCACCGGGAGGACCCCUCCUCCAUGCCUGCGGAUGAGGCCUCCAGAGAAAGAUACCCUCCUGAGGGGUACCACCCCCCUGGCCCCCACCCCAGCCACAUGAGGCCCUACACCCCCAGGGUAAGAACAAGUCUGCAGUACGAGGCUCUUCUAAAUGACAGUAUACAUUACUAUGCCACCUAUGCAAUUACUUUUUAGUAGUUCAGUCAUCAGCCUUAUCCAGAUUGAGUAAUGACCAUAUUCAGCCAAUUAUCAUAGUGUCCAGGAUAAAUCCACUUAAAAAAUGUAUUUCCAUCACUGCAAAAGUGCACUACAGUAAAGGUGUCCACGUCCUGUUGUACAGGAGGCUUACAGCCGGCCCCAGCCCACUCCCAGUCUGGACUACUUGCACCGCCGGCGCCAGGAGAUCAUGGCCCAGCUGGAGGACAGGAAGCAGGUCACUCCACCACCCUUCGCCCCCUCGCCCACGCUGCCACACCACUACGAGUCCAACUACACACAGGAGGUAAGAGGGAACACUGGGCUGCUGUCUAUGGUAAUAUUCAAUGGUAGCACCUCACCCCACGUGCUGCCACAGCUGUUAGUUACUUCAAAGAAUAGGUUGCUUAAAAAUACUGUGUGUGUGUGUCACAGCAACAGCAGUACAUGGAGAACUCACAAGCGUUCUCAAAGUAUCGUGAGCCAGACUACGCUAGCCAGUACUCUCCUUGGUCAUGUGACACUAUCGGCUCCUACAUUGGCAGCAAGGAGGGGAAGUCCAAAAACAACAUAGAGAUGAUGGUGAGUCUCAUUAAUCAAUGUCCUGUUUGUUUGGUGUAAAGCUUGACCGCUUUUUAAAAGUUCCAAAUCGGAAUAUCUAAAGAUCAAAACAUUUUCCAAAGCUCAAUCUCUUGCAAUAGGUCAAACAUCUGUUUACAUUUUUUUCUUUGACAGAUGUUUCCUUUUUAAACCUUGUUGACUGAUCAAAGGUCACUUUCACCUUGUUGACUGAUCAAAGGUCACUAGAAGUCACUAGAAGUCCUGAGAUUUAUCGAGAACACGGUUAAACUCAACAAAUAGUUUUUCAACCACUGUUUCCAUUUUCACUGGAGUGGGUCUGUAGUUUCUCUAUGCAACAUUAUAUAAUGCCAUAACUAAUUCCACUGUUUGUGGUCUCUAUGGGUGUUGUAGAACACUGAGGGGAAAGGUGUGGAAGGCAGGCGCAGGGCUGCUGAGGCCAGAGACGACGACCCUAUCAUCCCCUUCGGCUCCCUGCCCACCGUGUCACGCUUCGGGGUGAUCUCCCGCACCCCCAAGACUGGCUACUUGACUGCCGGGCCGGGGCAGGCCAUGACCCCCUCACAGGGAACCAAUAGCCCCAAACACGGCGCUGCAACAGGUACAGGGAGAACUCGCACACCUUUUGGGUUUUGCUCCGUUCACUGCAUUUCGCAGUCUGACUGGCUCUUGUUGUCCCCCACAGCGGACUACCACUAUGGGAAGGGUGCAGGGUGGGGUGCUGCCCCUUACAGCCAGCCCCCUCAGGCCCACCUCAGUGAACGGCCAGUCAAGGAGAGGGAGCAGCUGACGAUGGAGCUCCAGCAGGUCAAUCAGCAGAUCAACAAGCAGACUGCCCAGGCGGACCAGCCCAGCCCGGAGGAGUGGUCGUCGGGGAGUGUCUCCAGCCAACAGCUGAGCCUGGAGCUCCACCGUGUGGAGAGGGAGAUCGGCAAGAGGACCCGCCAGAUAGCCCUGGUGAGAGAGAGCAGCACAGAGAUGGACAAAUAGAGAUGGAGAGCGACAGGCAGGAGAGGGAGAAAUACACACACAGCCUGCUUUGAUCUCUAAAAUGGCUUUGUGAACAGGAGCAGGGCUGAAGGAGCCCUCGGCUAAUGUCACUGCUACUGCUAUCUCACUUGUAAAACAUGAAAGAGUAAAACACAACCGAGCCCAACAAGUGCAUCUUGAAAGCUUUUCUGAGACAAUCUUGAUGUAGACUCCAAAGCGUACAAGCUUUCACUCUCCCAGUCACUAUUGUGGUGAACUGACAGUGGUGCCAUUGUCCCCUUGCAGGAGCACCUUGUGUGUCAUGAUGGGAGUGGGGCGUACAAGCUGAAGCCCACUGAGAACGGGCAGAGAGCGGAGCACUCGUUGGUCCUCAGGUAAACGGCACACAGCAAGACUAGUAGUAGCUCAUCUCAACUGCUGUGCCAUAAGGAAUCGUUAAGGUUGCUCCAUAAUUCUCCCUUAAAAACACCUAGAAAAUAUCUAAGAUGAGAAAUUCUGUCUUAGAAAUCACCCAAAUUUUCUCACAUUGGUUUGAAAUGGCUUUUGAAAUAUUAGAAGUUACAAACUACAGCCAUUUGAUGCUGUAAAAUACAGUGGCUUUUGCGAAAGUAUUCACCCCCUUGGCAUUUUUCCUAUUUUGUUGCCUUACAACCUGGAAUUAAAAUGGAUUAUUGGGGGGUUUGUAUAUUUUGAUUUACACAACAUGCCUACCACUUUGAAGAUGCAAAAUAUUUUUUAUUGUGAAACAAACAAGAAAUAAGACAAAAAAAACGAAAAUCAAAUAUCUGGAAGACUGAAACAGGUUUCCCUCAAGAAUUUCCCUGUAUUUAGCGCCAUCCAUCAUUCCUUCAAUUCUGACCAGUUUCCCAGUCCCUGCCGAUGAAAAACAUCCCCACAGCAUGAUGCUGCCACCACCAUGCUUCACUGUGGGGAUGGUGUUCUUGGGGUGAUGAGAGGUGUUGGGUUUGCGCCAGACAUAGCGUUUUCCUUGAUGGCCAAAAAGCUAAAUUUUAGUCUCAUCUGACCAGAGUACCUUCUUCCAUAUGUUUGGGGAGUCUCCCACAUGCCUUUUGGCGAACACCAAACAUGUUUGCUUAUUUUUUUCUUUAAGCAAUGGCUUUUUUCUGGCCACCCUUCCGUAAAGCCCAGCUCUGUGGAGUGUACGGUUUAAAGUAGUCCUAUGGACCGAUACUCCAAUCUCCGCUGUGGAGCUUUGCAGCUCCUUCAGGGUUAUAUUUGGUCUCUUUGUUGCCUUUCUGAUUAAUGCCCUCCUUUCCUGGUCUGUGAGUUUUGGUGGGCGGCCCUCUCUUGGCAGGUUUGUUGUAGUGUCAUAUUCUUUCCAUUUUUUUAUAAUGGAUUUAAUGGUGCUCCGUGGGAUGUUUUAAAGUUUCUGAUAAAAAAUUGUAUAACCCAACCCUGAUCUGUACUUCUCCACAACUUUGUCCCUGACCUGUUUAGAGAGCUCCUUGGUCUUCAUGGUGCCGCUUGCUUGGUGGUGCCCCUUGCUUAGUGGUGUUGCAGACUCUGGGGCCUUUCAGAACAUGUGUACAUAUACUGAGAUCAUGUGACACUUAGAUUGCACACAGGUGGACUUUAUUUAACUAAUUAUGUGACUUCUGAAGGUAAUUGGUUGCACCAGAUCUUAUUUAGCGGCUUCAUAGCAAAGGGGGUGAAUACAUAUGCACGCACCACUUUUCUGUUAUUUAUUUUUUAGAUUUUUUUUUAACAAGUAAUUUUUUUCAUUUCACUUCACCAAUUUGGACUAUUUUGUGUAUGUCCAUUACAUGAAUUCCAAAUAAAAAUCAAUUUAAAUAACAGGUUGUAAUGCAACAAAAUAGGAAAAACGCCAAGGGUGAUGAAUACUUUUGCAAGGCACUGUACACUACAUGACCAAAAGUAUGUGUACACCUGCUUGUCGAACAUUCCAAAAUCAUGGGCAUUAGUAUGGAGUUGGUCCCCACUUUGCUGCUCUAACAGCCUCCACACUUCUGGGAAGGCUUUCCACUAGAUGUUGGAACAUUGCUGCGGUGACUUGCUUCCAUUCAGCCACGAGCAUUAGUGACGUCGGGCACUGAUGUUGGGCGAAUAGGCCUGGCUCGCAGUCGGCGUUCCAAUUCAUUCCAAAGGUGUUUGAUGGAGUUGAGAUCAGGGCUCUGUGCAGGCCAGUCAAGUUCUUCCACACCUAUCUCGACAAACCAUUUCAGUAUGGACCUCGCUUUGUGCACGAGGGCAUUGUCAUGCUGAAACAGGAAAGGGCCUUCCCCAAACUGUUGCCACAAAGUUGGAAGCACAGAAUUGUUCAAUGGCGCAGAGAUUUACACCACUCCAGCCUACGCUUAGCAUUGCGCAUGGUGAUCUUAGGCUUGUGUGUGGCUGCUCGGCCAUGGAAACCCAUUUCAUGAAGCUCCCGACGAACAGUUAUUGUGCUGACGUUGCUUCUAGAGGCAGUUUAGAACUCAGUAGUGAGUAUUGCAACCGAGGACAGACCAUUUCUACACUCUAUGCACUUCAGCACUCGGCGGUCUCGUUCUGUGAGCUUGUGUGGCCUACCAUUUCGCGGCUGAGCUGUUGUUGCUCCUAGACGUUUCCACUUCACAAUAACAGCACUUACAGUUGACCGGGGCAGCUCUAGCAGGGCAGAAAUUGGAUGAACUGACUUGUUGGAAAGGUAGCAUCCUAUGACGGUGCCACGUUGAAAGUCACUGAGCUCUUCAGUAAGGCCAUUCUACUGACAAUGUUUGUCUAUGGAGAUUGCAUGGCUGUGUGCUCAAUUUUAUACACCUGUCAGCAACGGAUGUGGCUGAAAUAGCCGAAUCCACUAACUUGAAGGGGUGUCCACAUACUUUUGUAUAUAUAGUGUAUAUGGUUGCACAAAGGACCGGGAAAAACAAUAGAAGGAACGCGGGAAAAUAAGUGCGAUCCGCUUUUCACCAAAGCCUCUCUUGUAAUCAACGAAACGCACUCAAGAUUUGGUUCUGGGAGACGAAAUUACUGCAGUGAUGGAUUCACUGUCAGUACCACUGUCAGUGAGAUGCUAUUUGCACUGUUCUCAAUGUCAAUGGCUUAACUACACCAGUGAGAUGGUACUUGCACUGUUCCCAUUGUCAAUGGCUUAACUAACAAGUCAUUAUGUAAUUCAUGGAGAAUGAUUUUAAAAAUGAUGUAGAAUAAUACAAAAUGUUUGAUUCAUUGUUUUUUUUUUUGUUUCUUUCUGUCUCUGUCUGACCUUUCGUUCUCUGCAGUGAGGGCUGUAACGGUUCCAGUGGUGUGCUGCAGGGCGGCAGUGUGGCCAGCGGCGGUUUGUCCCUCAGCCUGUCCACAGACCUCCCCACCACCGGGGGCACUGACCGAAAGACGAACGGCGUGGUCCACCUCUGCUCC